GCCAGGCGUCCUCGUGGUAAUCUAAUUUGUAAGAUACUGAAACGAAAGAGCAUAAAACGAUGCGGCACAUUCCUUAAUUGGGAAAGAGAGCGCGAUUCGGCUUCGUGACCGUGCCAUUUGUAAUGUUACGUCUCCCAAGGUUUACGUAAACAGCUUUUAUACAGUUUUUUCAUCGAUAUUGUCGUACCGGUAAAUGGUACUGACGAACACUGUUACUGCUGUUUAAAGGCGACUGCGAAAAGGGUCAUACACAACCUAAAGACUGCUUCUGAUAACUAAAAUCCGUCACCAUGUCUAUGGGACUUUUAACCUCAACCAUGCGGGCAUUUAAGGAGGCCGGGAUGUCUGUAACAAACAUCGACAAUCUUAGAUAUGCAGACAACGCAGAUUACAGCCAUGUGCGCAUGCGCAAAUCUAAAAUACAGCUAAUCUUGCUCAGUGCAGCCGUCUGUGGAAUAGAAUUCUGUUACGCAGCUGAAACUGCGUUUGUCAGUCCAUGUUUAUUGAAGCUUGGAAUCCACGUGUCUUACAUGACAAUGGUGUGGUGCUUGAGCCCUCUCUUCGGAUUCUUCAUGGGGCCGUUGCUUGGCACUCUUAGCGAUAGGUGCCGCUUAAAGCUGGGGCGCAGGCGGCCUUUUAUUCUCAUUUUAUCAGCAGGUAUCGUACUUGGGCUUAUUUUGGUGCCAAACGGAAGAGAUCUUGGAUUUUUGAUGGGUGAUACGCAUGCUUCCUGGAACAUUGACAGCGCUGAGAACACCACACAAUUUCCUGAUCAAAAUCAUGCAAAUACAUCGGAAAUAACGCCAGAAACAUACACAGGAAAGUAUUAUCGGGGACCUGACAUGGAAAGAUCACGUUUUAUUGAGCAACAUAUAAACGGUCUAAUCAUUACAAUCAUCGGGGUGGUGUUCUUGGACUUCAGUUGUGAUGCGUGCCAAGCACCUUGUCGGUCUUAUCUUCUAGAGGUGACCACGGAGCAGGACCAUGCCACCGGCUUGACGAUAUUCACGAUGGUAGCAGGCCUUGGCGGUUCCAUUGGCUACUUGAUGGGUGGGAUAAAUUGGAAUGCAGUGGGUGAUAGCAACGGAGAUUUCUUCGAGCAUGUCAGGAUUGUUUUCUCCAUCGUUUUGUUUCUCUUCAUCAUGUGCGUCCUGAUCACGAUAACAAGAUUUCGGGAAAUACCAUUGGAUGAGAUACAUGACUGGUCGCUUAAGACUUCCAAAAGCGCCACGGAGCAGGAUAAUAAGAAAACGGGUGAUGCUGGCGAACCUGAAACACCUGCCGCGUUAUAUGAUGAUGCCUUUAAUUAUAAUCCGUCUUCUGCCCAUACAGCGGAUGCGCAACAUUUGUAUAAUUUCAAUUCUGAUCCACCGCCCAAUCGACAAAAUCACCAAAACCCUUUCCCUGCUUACCCAAGUUUCGAAAUAUCUCGCAGGGCGUCUGAUCCAGGCGAGGGGCGCCUAUCACGUCCGUACUCAUCACCAGAUUUGGAAAACCAUCUCCAAAUCCCCAACUGCGUGGACCAGGACGGCAGUCAUGUCAUGAGACAAGAUGAAGUCACCCUAAAAGGUUACUGGUUAUCAAUUCUCCAUAUGCCUCGGUCGGUGGCCUAUCUCUGCCUGACUAAUUUGUUCUGUUGGAUGUCUUUGGUAUGUUAUUCCUUGUACUUUACGGAUUUCGUAGGCCAAGUGGUGUAUGGAGGUGAUCCUAAUGCUCCCGCGGACAGCAAGAAGCAUAGCCUCUAUGAUGAAGGAGUUCGAAUGGGAUCGUUUGGUAUGGCUCUGUACUCCUUCUCCUGUUCCAUGUAUUCGCUGGCUAUAGAGAAACUUGUCAAAAAGUUCCGGACCAAACCCGUAUACAUUUGUGGACAACUCGUAUACACAGUUGGAAUGAUACUUAUGGCUGCAACUAAAAGCAAGGUCGCAGUAAUUCUCCUCUCGCCGACUGCCGGAAUAAUGUAUGCCACGUUGUUUACGCUCCCUUAUAUGUUAAUUGCCAAUUACCACUCGUGUGAAAUGUUUGAAGAACUCGUCCCUGAAAGCACCAAGACAAUCCACCCCCGAGGCCUGGGCACUGACGUGGCUCUCGUUAGUAGCAUGUGUUUUGCUGCGCAGUUCCUGUUGUCGGCGGGCCUCGGGAGCCUGGUCCACGCAGUGGGGAGUCCUGUCGCGGUCGUGGUGUGUGCUGCGGUUUUUAGCUUGUUUGGGUCGCUUACAGCAACCAAAGUGCUAUAUUUAGAUAAAUAAGCCAUGAUGCCCCUCCCCUAAGUGUCGAACCAGUGUUUAUAUCCGAAUGGCAGUAUCGCUGAGGCUUCUUUUGUUUCAGUAGAAGAUGAAAUGUUUCUGUAGCUUACUUUCUUACAUAUUGUAUUGUCGUUCAAUUUGACUGGUUGAAAAGAGGCGUUGUCUCUUUCAGAGCCGUUGACUAGAGCGCAAAUAGCAAAUCGUCUAACUGAUUUCUGUGCUUCAUGUGCGCAAUCGUCAAGUGUCAAACGUGCUAACUGAUUGGUUCAUCAAUAUAUUUAUAAUUUCUUUGUGCAAAUCUUACCAACGCAUAAUGCAUCGAAUAAACUUGCCGAGGUGGACGUAAGUUUUUCAUUUUCAUAUGUGCCUACACACUU